AGGAGAGGAGCUGGGGAGCCAGGGCGUGUGGCUGCUGGGCCGAAACUCAUCUUGGAGGUGGGGAGCCAGGAGGACAAAAUGGCCCCGCGGAGAGCUGUGCAGCUGUCCCUGAGGAAGCCCACCUACGCCGUGUGUGUGGUGGGGGUCGAGAUGCUCAUAGAUAUCCAUAGUGUUGUGCCCAAGGGCGCCAAGACGUUUGAGGUUGCUGGGAGCUCCGGGGUGGAGGUGACUGUGGUCUACGACGUGGAGCGGGUGAGGGAGCCCAGGGGCCAAUUCCGCUGGCCUCUGGACACCAGCGUGAAGGUGAUCGUGUCUGUGCACACAGCCAGUAAAGACCUAAAUGAUCUCAAGGUGAGGGUCUCCUACUUUGGGGAGCAGGAGGGCCGGGCCCUGGGCCAGGGGAUGCUCUACCUCACUGGUGUGGAUGUUUCCCUCGAUGUCGACACAGACCGCACGGGCCAGGUGAAGAGGAGCCGCGGUGACAAGAAAACCUGGCGCUGGGGCCCUGAGGGCUAUGGGGCCAUCCUGCUGGUGAACUGUGACCGGGACAGUCGCACGUCCAGGGACUGUGACUUUGACAACAGCCAGCUGGAGUCACUGGCUGACCUGCAGGACAUGUCCCCUAUGGUGCUGAGCUGCGACGGCCCCGACGAGCUCUUUGACAGCCAUAAGCUGGUCUUGAAUGUGUCCUUUUCUGAUUCCAAAAGAGUAGGGGUUUUCUGUGCUCGGGGUGGGAACUCCCUCUCGGACUACAAGCAGGUACUGGGACCCUACAAAAAUCUGUCCUACAAAGUUGAGCGGCAGUUGGGGGAGCGGGAGAUCAGCUUCUACGUGGAGGGGCUCACCUUCCCCGACGCCGAUUUCUCGGGGCUGGUCACCCUCAGCGUCAGCCUGGUGGACAUUGGUACUCUGCCCGAGGUGUCCCUCUUCACAGACACCGUGGUCUUCCGGGUGGCCCCCUGGGUCAUGACCCCCAACACCCAGCCCCCUCUGGACCUGUAUGCGUGCAGUGUGAUGGACGCUCAUGGCUCAAAUGAGAAAUUUCUGGAUGACAUGUCUUACCUGGCAUUGAAAGCCAACUGCCAGCUGAUCAUCUGCCCCUGGACUGAAAAUCGAAAUGACCGCUGGAUCCAGGACGAGAUGGAGUUUGGAUACAUCGAGGCCCCUCACAAAUCCUUCCCCGUGGUCUUUGUCCCUCGAAACAGAGGCCUGAAGAAUUUUCCCUAUAAGAAAUUCUGGUGUGGCCCCGACUUCGGAUAUGUAACCCGGGAGAACUUGUUCUUGGGCGCCUCCGGCCUGGACUCCUUUGGCAACCUGGACGUCAGCCCGCCCGUCACGGUGGGCGGCACGGAGUACCCCCUGGGCCGGAUCCUCUUCGGAGGCAGCGUCCCCAGGUCCAGCGGGCGGCGGAUGGCCAAGGUGGUGCGCAACUUCCUCUACGCCCAGCGGGUGCAGGCGCCUGUGGAGCUCUACUCGGACUGGCUCUCCGUGGGCCACGUGGACGAGUUCCUGAGCUUUGUGCCGACAUCGGACAAAAAGGGCUUCCGGCUGCUCCUGGCUAGCCCCAGCGCUUGCCUCAAACUGUUCCAGGAGAAGAGAGAGGCAGGCUAUGGGGAGGCAGCCCAGUUCGAAGGCCUGGGCCAUGUGACAAAGAGACGCAUCAAUGAGAUACUGGUGGAUAGAAGCCUCCAGAGUGAUAGCCUCUAUGCACAGAAAUGCAUUGACUGGAACCGCGAGCUGCUGAAGAAGGAGCUGGGCCUAACGGAGCGGGACAUCAUCGAUGUGCCCCAGCUCUUCUCCCUGAAGGGCUCCUACGCUGAGGCCUUCUUCCCCAACAUGGUCAACAUGGUGGUCUUAGGCAAGUACCUGGGCAUCCCCAAGCCCUACGGGCCCAUCAUCAAUGGCCGCUGCUGCCUGGAGGAGAAGGUGCGGUCCCUGCUGGAGCCGCUGGGCCUCCGCUGCAUCUUCAUCGACGACUACUUGUCCUAUCAUGAGCUGCUGGGAGAGAUCCACUGCGGCACCAACGUGCGCCGGCAGCCCUUCCCCUUCAAGUGGUGGAACAUGGUGCCCUGAGCCCGCUCCCCACUGGCCGUCCUCUUUGCCCAUCUGCUGGGGGGCCCUGCCAGGGUGUGGGCGAGGCACCUCCACCUGGCCCCCAUCCUCUCGGGUGAGCCUUGGGUACCUCCCUCGGAGCACCCACAAACACGCCGGCCACCGUGGGCACCGGGACCCGGCUGAGCGCAUGCACCCCCCGCCUCUGGAGAGGUCUCCCCAACCCAGGGAGAAGCACGGCCUCACUCUUCUCUCCCUUCUCCCCUGCCCGUGGUCCCCGGAAGUGCUGGAAAAGAUCAGAAGCCUCGGCCUGUUCAACGAUGGCAGUGAGGGGCCUCGGCAGGCUGGUCUCAUGUCGUCUUGCUCCCUCUCUAUUCUGACGUCUCCUUUGGGCAUAAGAUAAUGAAUUUUGUGUUUGCACCAGGAAUGGGGCCCAAAGGGCUCCCGGGUGAGGGGGGCCCCCAUUUCCAGGCUGCUUCUGACUCUGUAAGACCAGGAAGGGGGAUCCGAGGCACCCCCUUCCCUCUACCAGCUGUCUUCUCCCCAAGGGGACCCUCAGGCUGUGAUCUCCAACACCCCUCAGCCUUGUGCAGGCAAAAAAGGACAGACAAGCUCAGUGUCCCAGGGCCUGUUUUACAAAGAAGAAGAAGGAAAAAAAAAAGACCAGGAAACCCUCUAAUACCUGCCUCCAUCCUUAGAAGGUGCUUGUUACCUGUCUGGAAAGCCUUAAUUACCAGCGCCAGCUGCCUCCAGCUCAGAAGUGCUGAGACGCCAAAGUGAGGCAAGAAACACAGAGGAGGGCCAGCGGAGGGGAUGAGCCGGGACAGCAGAGAAGGCUAAACUGGGUAAUAAGACAGGACCUGGAGCCUGCUGUGGCUUGGGAUUUUGGACUCCAUUUGAAGGAAGUUGGCUGAUCCAGAUGUAGCAGGGGCUGGGGGCCCAGAUGUUAAAAGAGGGUGUGUAUGGGGGAGCCAUUAGGUUAUCUCUGAAGGUGGGGUUUAAUUUCUUUUAAUAGCCCUUAAUUAUCCCCUUCAUUCUGCAGGCAGUGGGAGGGGAAGGCUCACCCAGGCUUUCUCAGCUCCCAGGGGACCCUGCGCGUAGCUUGGGUUUCACCUGGGAGUAACCCCCAAGGCAGGUCCGUGUCCCCUUCCACGUCAGGGAAGCUGGAGCUGCCACGGGGUUAACAGCCUGAUCCCAGGUGAGGUCACCGUGUGCAGAUGCAUGCAGGGCGAGAGGUGGCCCCUGCCCCAUGGACCUCCUGCCUGUCCCCGACCCCCACCGCCUUGGGGUCACCCCAGGACCUCCGCCUGGUUGUGUGGUCGCCUGUGGGGAGACCUCAGACUGAGCCAGCUGCAAACUCUUUUAGCCACAGAAAACUUGGCAAACAGCCUUACACGGAAGCCCGACAUAGGAAACUGAUAAAAAUGAAACUGCUCUGGCUGAAGGGCUUCCAGAUGGAUCUACGCAAGCCCGUUUGCAAGCCCCUGGUCUGACCUGUGCACCCCAUGCUUCUUGGUCAUGAUGCAGUCUAGGCUGAGCCAAGGAGGAGAAUACAGCUCUUCAGGGGCCCAGGAUGUGAAGCUGGGGUCUGGACUCCCCAGGGAAAGGGCUGCGGGUGGGCAGGGGGCAGACAAAGCAGGGAGAUGGCAGAGGGUGGGGAGCCAGCUUUCUCCAGCGGCACUGAGUGUGAUAAGCUCUGGAAUGGUGCCCCCCUCUGA